GAGUUAAAAUACUAACCUUUAGGGGCACGAACGACCUUUAUAAACUAAUUAGCGUAUAUUUCUAUCCCGUAUUUAUACGAGUUUAUAAAAUGGAAGUCAAUUUUAGCUGGGAAGAACUUUUCACGUUUUUGAAAAACUCUUGUUUGGAGACCUUAGAUGAAAAAGAUAAUAAAAUUUUUCAGCUUUGUCUAUUUAUAGUCGAAAACAAAGAAGAAUUAUUGGCAACAACAGAUUUGGAAAUUAAAAAAUUUGCUUCUCUCUUGUUUGGUCUAACUACAAAUGUUAUCAUCAAUGCAUCUAAUCAAUUUUGUGAAAAUGAAUUACUUUUAUGGUCUACUAUUGAAGUCAUCGUUUCUUUUUGUGUGUCCAACCUGAAGAGUGGAUUAAAUAACUCAUAUAUUACUCAGUUGCAGUUAGUCAAGCUACUUGUUGGUAUUUCAACCUGCAAAGAAUCGUUAAACAAGGAUGAAAUUAAUGCUCUUUUAAAUAUGGAGUUUGUUUUUCCUGCAUUUCUUAAAAUGGAAGCUAAAACUCACAGCGAUUUAUUAUACAAAAGUUUGUUCAAUAUUGAUCUUAACAAACUCAGAUCUUCUGAUUGGAAAGUUCAGUUUAUGGGACAUGCUGCUGCAAUUUUAAGAAAGAAAAAUGUUUUUGAUAUUUUAUUAAAUGUUAUUGGCUCGUUUGAGGAACUGGAUAGUUUUGCUAGGAAAUGUGACCUAAUAUUUUAUGAUGAUUCAAAUCCACAAAGCAUAAGUGCAAUAAGCAUAUUGAGUUUUGAAACACAACUGAUGGUGAUCGUUGAAACCCUUAAAUUACCUAUUAUUGAUCAAAUGACCAAAGAACAACUUGAGUUAGUUAUCCAGUUAGUAGAUAAAUCCUUAAAAGCUGCAAUGUUUAUUAGCUCUGGAUAUUUUACUGUUAAUAAAAAAGAAAAUGAAGCUGAUGGUUCGUAUGAUGAUUACUGUAGAAAGUAUGAAUGGAAGUCAACAGAACACUGUUUAGCUAUACUUAGUGCUGUUAGCAAUAUUUGUUCAUCGUCUCCUCAUAUGGAGAGGUUUGUUGGUUUCAAUUUGGAGGCCAAGAGUGUUACUACUAUUCUCAACGUUUUACAAAGAGCUAUAAAAAAAGAGCAUGAACAUAAAUCAAAAUGGUUUGAUGGCCUGAAUAUCAGUCUUGUUACCAUGACAUCAAGAGUUAUUCUCUUACUCUCAAGUGUGUACGAUAAUAUUCAACUGGAAGGAGAUUACACUCUCCAAAAUCAAGGAUUGAAUGUUUUUGUUAAAAGCACAGCUUGUGAUCGCUUACGUUAUAUAAUUGAAAAUGUGCAUCUGCCAUCUUUGCUUUUAGAUUUGUUUCUAACAACAUACCAUAAGACUCUGAAUAAUCUAAUGAAGCAAAAUGAAAAUUUGAAAAUUGAUCAGUCUGAGUUAAAAGUUGAAAGUUUAAGUGAUGAAGAUUCUUUGGAAGAAGGAUCAAUGCUUGGAAGUUUUUUUGUCAAAACUAUUAAUGAUAACGAGGCUGAGUCAAGUGUAACAGUCAAAGAAAAUGAAAGAAAUGCAAGUUCUCAAUCAACUGAAAUUCUCGUACUCCUUGCAAGCAGUUUAAUUGAAUUCAUUAGCAAGUUCUUUCCAGUUUGUGUUGAAAAUGGGUUCAGAGAAAAAAUUAAAGAAUCUUUUACUGAUGAAAGACUAGAUGGACUUGCUAAAAUUAUUAUGGGGCAUUCUUUUGGUGGUUCGUUUGAGGUUAGAGAAAUCAAGGAAAAUAUUUCAAAAUUGUUCGGAUAUUUUGUAACAACAGGGUUGUUUCAGGAAACUCAAAUGAAUUUGCUGUUAAAAACAUUAGGGAUAUCUGUUCAAAAAGAGUCAUCAAACCGUCAGUUAAACUUAAGCAUACACGUUCUUAGAAUAUUUAUUCAACUUGUAUUGCUAGAUACAUCAGGGGAUUCAGGAAUAAACUCUUGGAAGUGUUUAAUAAGCACUUUGGUUGAUUCAGCUGAAAAUGGUUCAAAGGAAUACCUAAAUGUACAGCAUGCUCAAGCUAUGAUCAUGGUGCUUCAACUUCUUUCUAAAGACAAAAAAGAGAUCAUUUUUAGUGAGAUCAUACAAGCGCUUGGUCGUUUGUCUACAUUAAAUAUAAAAAAUGCAAUACAUGUAGCGCAUCUUAUUCUCUUAUUUGAUUAUAUGAUACAUUUAGGAUAUUCUACAAAAAGCACGGAUCUCAUUGCACAAGUACAACACAACAUUCUUUCAGCAGAUAUAGAUAAACCAUCUUAUGUGAAAAGUUUCUUUAAAGAAGAAGAUGAGCUAAAAAGUGAUACAAUAGUAUUUUAUGGACUUAUUGAGCAGGAUAAAAUAGACACCGAGGUUCUUACUUUUCUGAAAAAUACUCCAGAUUAUAGUCAGUGGUAUUCUUCUAUUCUAACUCUUCUAGCACAAAUGAUAAAUAAGUUUGCAGGUGGAGAGUUGCUUGAUAGGCUUGGGGCUCGAAAUGCAUCUUUAUACAUUUGGAAUUGGCUUCCAGAACUUCCUAUAGCUAUUGAAUGGAUUAACAAUAUAUUUAACUUGGAUGCUGAAAAAUCAUCUUUUGAAGAAUAUUUAUUUUAUAUUUGUUGGAUGCCAUCAACCUUUGAGAUGACUGCUGAGCAAAUCAAGAGCAACCUAAUGGUUCAAUCAUCUUUUGACACAAUAGUAUCAGAAAGAAAACUUUUUGCUGAUGAUAUUUCAUCUUCAAUUGAUUACUUUGGAAGAAUAAUAUCAUUACUAUCAAACUUGCUAAACUCUACUCACCUGCUCAAGUUCUCACCAUAUGCUAUUAGUGAUAGCAUUGUUAAUUUUGCAGGGUUUCUUGUUGACCAAUAUAUGAUGCAUAAAAAGGUUGAGUUACUCAAAUAUGCCAAAGAAUUUAGAAAUUUUAUUGAACAGAUGAUGCUGCUAUUAAAUUUGGCAGUCAGGAAAGCAAAAGAAAUGAUAAUUAAGUUGGCAACAGCUGACAAAUAUACUACAUUAGAUAAUGAAGUUUUAGAGUUCUAUAUUGAUAUUAUUGGAUUAGACUUACCUACAGUAAAUUCUAAAGCAUCUGAUCUCAAAAGAAUUCAAGUUUUACCAGAAAGGUUCUGUCAAUAUAUACAAGAUUGGCAAGGGUUAAAUGUUCAAAGAGAUGACUUGCAAGAGAACAAAGAUUUUUCUGUUACAUCUUUGGUGCGCUAUUCGUUAAUCACUCAUCUGAAUAUUCAGAAAGAGUCUAAAAGCGAGUUGGCCAAUGGAUUUUCUUUAAAAAAUCUCAUUUACAGUCUUUCAAAUGUUUGUAACAAAGUCCUUCAUUGGAUGAACACCUCAAUGAAUGAAGAAUUUCAAACCUUGAAGCAUCUUGGUAUUUCUUUGUAUUCUGGUUUUUGGUGUGAUUCAUUUCUUAAAAAUAUAUCUCACCAUUCAGAAAAAAUAUUAAACCUCUGUCUGGGUGAGACUGACCAAGACCAGUUGGAAAAGUCUGCUUUUAUUCGUAUUCUAGAGAUAAUUGACAAAUGGUAUAUGAAAGAGUUGUCAAGGGAAAGAAUUUUAGAUGAAGGAAUAUUAAUUGGCUGGUUAGAGUUUCUUAUGGAUUUAAUAGAGCAUUCUAAAACCCUUGUUAUAUUUUUACAAUACUUUGCUAACAAACCAUCAACAUUGUUCUCAAUAUUCAAAUCCAUUGCAAACCAUACUGAAUUUAGUAACAACUACUUAACUGCAUUUGUACAGUUUUUUUCAAAAUUUUUUCUAAUCAAAGAAAAGUUAGAUGAUGGUAUUCACAGAGUUCUUUUUAAAAUAUUCGAUGAAGAUUAUGAAGUAUUGUAUAAUUGGAUGAAAAGAGUUUCUACUUCAGUUGAAGGAUGUAUUUUGUUGCAAUCUUUUAUUAAUAUUGCAGUUCAGAACAGUCAAUCAGUAGAUAAAGCUUUACCUGUGUUACUGGAUAUCAGUGAAAUUACUGUCAGUUUAGUAUUUGAAAAUAAAUUGUCAGGCACAACUUCUUUUCCUUUGUUAUUUGAAAUUUCAAAUGUUGUGGCUCGAUCAUGUGGCGGUCAGGGAUAUGUGCAGCUUCUUAAAAAAGUCAUCAAUUGGCUAAGUUUGAGUUUAAUUACAGAUAAAAAUAACAAGCAGGCAUCAGAGUGCAUAUUAAAAAUUGUUUUAUAUAUUACGGAUAUCAUUACAAGUUCUUGUAUUGAUGAUGUUUCGGAUGAUACUUUAUAUGAGUUUACGCCUGAUUUAAAUAAAAGAUCUGAAGAAUGCAAUGAAGAAGCGUCUGUUUACGAGUCUAUUGAAGGAAACACUUGUACUUUUUCUGUAACACAGCGUGAUUUUAUGAACCAGCAUUGGUAUCACUGUCAUACAUGCAAGAUGAAUGAUGGAAUUGGUUGUUGCACUGUAUGUGCUAAAAUCUGUCAUAAAGAUCAUGAUGUCACUUAUGCUAAACAUGGUUCUUUUUUUUGUGAUUGCGGAGCUAAAGAGGAUGGGAGUUGCAAGGCAAUGUCUGGAUCAUCUAAGUUUUUGAACCGGGUAACAUCACAUCCAAGUACAUGGGGGCCUUCUAAACUGGUUGAUAAGAAAUUUUCAAAAGCUCAAAAUCAGAAAAGUAUAAAAAGUGAAAACAAUCUUCAAAAAAUUUUGCAGGAUUCAAAACUUGAUAUCCUCAGUGUGGUAAACAACAGUUCCUUGCUCGAUUCAUUCAUACAGCUUUUAUUGGAAAAUUGUAAAGUGUUCACAAAAGAGGUUGAAGAGGCAGUUUGUGAAAUGAGGUCGCAAAAACAUAAACUAAAAGAAAAAUUGGAAAUUCUUUAUACCAGUGAAAAGGAAUUUUCCAUUGACAAUAUUAUGAAUGCAGUUUCUGGCUCACAAGAGGGAGCUUUUGAAAAUAUUAAGCUGACAUAUGGUGGAGAACAAGGGGCAACUCUUCGUCAGCUUAUCAAUGCUCACAUGAUUCAUCAUAAAGCAAUGUGUCUUAUUGUUUCUCCAUUUGGAAAAAGACAGUUUCUUGCUGUUGCUCACGAGAAGGGAAAGGUGACAAUUCUGCAAUUAUCUGGAUUAUUGAGACUACCUGAAUCAAAUCAAAAGAAAAUGACUUUGAAUCGUUUGUCAUCAACAGUUGUACCGUUUACUGUUCUUCAUAUGGUUAGCAAUCCACUUAAUGAUGAAUUUCUUGCUGUGACAGGAUUGAAAGAUUGUCUUGUGCUUAUUCUUGGAAACUCUGCCUCGACACCAACACGAUUAACAUUAAAUAUAAAACUUGAUACUGGUAAUUUUAUAAUCAAAGCGUUAUGGGUACCAGGUUCACAAACUCAACUGGCUUUAUUAACUGCUGACUUUAUCAAGAUAUUUGAUUUAUCUGUGAGUGAAACUGAUCCAAUUUACUAUUUUGUUGUCCCUAGUGGAAAAAUUAGAGAUGCCACUUUUGUUCCAGAUGACAAGCAGAAUAAUAUUGUUAUAAUGUCUUCUCAAGGAUAUAUAUAUGUAGAGGCUUUAAAUGAUGCAAGCAAACAAUGUUUGUUUUACACAAUGAAUGUUGUUAAUGUUCAGCAUCCUAACAAAGAAGAAUCUGAUCAGUCUUUAGUUAAUGGUGGUGGUGUCUCUGUUUAUUAUUCACAGACCUUGAAACUGCUUUUUUUCAGCUACAAUAAAGGAUUGUCUUUUUUUGGUUGCUUGGAUCAGAGUUUACUAUCCUUUACUAAGCUUUUUCUUAUUGACAACCCAAUAACUUUGUCAUCCCCAUUAGUCCAGUGGAGUGAAGUUCCUGGUCAAGUUGGUCUACUUCAUUGUACCCUGCAAAAUUCUGGGAAUAUUGUUAUGUUAGCUGUCAAGCCAGAAAAAGUUAUUAUUCAAGAAAUUAAAAGUGUAGCAAAGUCAGUUAAGGUUUUAAAUGCAGUAUGUCAUCAUCAUUCAACAAUUGAAGGGCAUGCACAGUCUGUUACUGAGUGUACUACGUUAAUAGUUUUGCUAGAUGAUGGAAGUCUUCGUAUUUACAAUGCCAACCAAGAUAUUAUUCAGUUUUCAAAGCCUCCUGAAAAUUUGUUUAUGAAUACACAUUUUACAGAACGUCUUGUCAACAAGGAAAAAAAGCAGGACAAUAAAAAAUCGCCUGAAAAAUUUCCUGUAGAUUUUUUUGAAACAUGUCAUUUAACCAAUGAUGUAGAGUUUGGUGGUGAACAUAUAUUACAUAUUUAUAACAAAAAUCAAGUAAAAAAUCGACUAAACACAACUGGAAUGUAUAUAGCAAACACAAAGCCAUUUGGAUUUAAAAUUGAAAUUCUUAAUACAAACCCAUCAAAUGUAAUUGUUGGUAUUCGCUUGCAAGUAGGAGUUCAAUCAAUGGAACGUUCCCCUCAGUAUAUAGAUGUCUUUGGUCGUAUAAUAUAUCUCAGAUCAGUAAAAAAUCGCUGGUUUGAUAUACCAUUUACAAGAGAGGAAUCAAAUAUUUGCUUGGAGAAAAACAUGUUUACUGUAACAUUUGGCCCAUCUACUGAUCCUUAUGGUGUUAGCAUUGUUGAUUCUAUUAAGGUUUAUACUAAGACAAAAGAAGAGUUUAGUGCUGUUGAGGAAAGUACUGAAACAGCUGUUGCAGAAUCUUCUCCAAGUUUACAGGAGCCACAAAUAUCAAAAUAUCAGAGCUCUCAAUCUGAAAUGUUACUAUUUUCUUUGCUUUCGGCUAUAAACAAAUUACUGAAAAUAGUAGAUGGAAGUAAAAUUUCGACAGUGUUUGACACACUAUUAAAUAUUUCAACUCAACUUCUUACAGUUGAUCCUCAGCUCAAAGAAGUCUCUGCUAUAGGUUACCAAACUCAUAUGCUUCUUAAAAAUUUAUAUCCGGGUGAUGGUAAAUAUCAAAACAAAAAGGAUGAAGUUUUAGUUAGUCAUAUGAUGAAGUUGUUUGAAACCACUCAAGAUAAUUUGGACUUAGAUGUAUUUGAAAUGAUUCUUAACAUUGGUUCAUUUGUUGGAGAGACUCAAGCAGACAACUUGGUUAAAUUUGUUGAAAUUUCAGGAGGUAAACAAGCAGAUAAGUUUGCUGAGUCCUUAGUAAAAAAGUUUUGGAAACUCUAUGAAAAUUGCUGUUCAAGUUCCAAUUAUCAAGAGUCAUGGCAUAUGGAGGCAAACGUGGAACUGCUUGUUGGCAUAAUAUUCUCAAUAAUGCUUGGUGAUGCAAAGUUCAUAAACUCAAUGUGUCAGCUUAUUUUUGAAUUGUUGCUAGCUAAAGACCAAACGAUAAGUUUUGCUGCCAAAAAAGGUCUUACAAAAUCAUUACUUUUAAGACAAACACAUGUUAAACAAUCUGAAUCUAAUGAUUCUAACCCAUCUGCAACAGAGAGCAAGAAUGAAGAUCUUUCCUCCUAUCCUCCUCUUGAAAAAUCUGAAACAACUAACAAAAGUGUGGAACCCUCAACACCAGUGUCAGCAGAUAAUCUUGAUGAGGAUAAUGAAGAAGAUGAUAUAGAAGAUAUGGAUAUGAUGGAUGAUGAAGGUGAUAUUGAUGAUGGGGAUCUUCAAAUGCUCAUCGAUGAUGAUAAUGCUAUGAUGGAAAUUGCUCUUGCAUUGAGCUUGCAAAAUGAUGAAGAAAAUAAUGAUGAGACACAGCAAGAAAACAAAAACAUUGCUGAAACUUCUACUAGUGAACAGGGAUUUGAAGGAAAUGUUGCUCAAGAUAACAAUAUUGAAGAACUACAUUCAGAUCAAGUAGAUGGUCAAGGUUUCAUAUCAGAGUCACCUAAUUAUAUUGAAGGACCUAAUCUUUUGGAGGGUGGGAGCUUAGGCAUAAAGUUUAGUGCUCUCUGGUCUCAAUUAUUAGAAAUAUUUGAAGCAAAAAUCCCUUACCUUUUGGAAUUAGAUGGUUUACAAGCUAUUCCUUUUUUACAGGUCAUGUUAAUGUUAUGUUCAAAUUUAAUGGUAGAGAGAGAUGAAGAUAAAGCCGCUUUAAGGAGGAUCAUAGUAGCAUGUAUAAAUCCGCUUCAUGUAAAACUUCAGACUGAUUCAAAUGCUCCAAUAAGAACAACAUCAAGUGAGGUGCAGCUUGUGUUAAUGAGAUUCUUAAGUGUUCUUAUGUCCCGGUGUAAUGCUAAUAAGCAAGUAAAUGAAGGUGAAAAUGUUGUAAAUAUGAGUUCUUCAUUUGAUGCAUACGUUGCAGGAGUAUUGCAAGAGCAAGGUUUAGUUGAAUACUGUUUGUGUUUAUUGAAAAGUCUUCUUUCAUAUUGGAAAUCCCAAAGUUCUACUGAGGAAGAUAACACCACUGAAACAACUUUGUUAUUAAAAGCUAAAGCACUGCAUCCCACUCCAGAUAUGAUGCCUUUUUUUAUGGAACAAUAUGUUAAGAGUCAUGCUGUGGAUUUGUUUGAAUCUUUCUCUCAACUUGUCUCAGAAAUGGUUUUAAGAAUGCCUUAUCAGAUCCAUAAACUGAUUGAUUCUAAUACAAGAGAAAUUUGUUUUAGUAAAGAUUGGGUGUUUAUUAUGUGUGAGUAUAUGAUGAUAUCACAUGCACCAUUUGUUAGAAGACAAGUUAGAAAGUUAUUGUUGGCAUUAUGCGGAACUAAAGAAAAGUAUCGCUUUGUAAAAGAUCUCCACAAUAUACGCUCACGCCUUGCAUGCUUAAAAUCAGUGUUGCAAAUGACUGGAACAACUGGUAAUGAAAGUAUCACAAAAAAUAUAUCUCUUUCUUAUGAAGAAACAGUAACCCUUACUGAGCAAAUUAGUGCAUGCAUUGACAUUGCUACUGCAAGAAAUGAAAAUUGGUUAUUGUUUUGCAAGAAAGAAAGUACAGUUUUACCAUUUCUAAUGGAAAUCAGCUAUCAAUUGGAUGAGCAUAUAUCAUCAAAGGUAGUUGAGUUGAUAUUUAUAGCUCUCAGUUCACCUCAGAAUAAAGAUGAUAAAAAAGAAAACAAAAGCAAAAGUCUUUCAGUUGAGUUGGUAAAACUUGUGUUUUCUCGCUGUUAUGGCACAACCAUUUUUUUGUUCAUAAAGAGUUUUUUAUUGGAAUCAAAUUCAUCUCAGUUGCGUUGGAAAGUUCACAGUCUAGUUCAUUCGAUAUUUAUAAAUAUUGAUGCAGAGCAACAAGUGGGUUUAACAGAACUUAUGUGGACAUUAUGGAAUGUUAUACCAAGCUGUGGGCAUCGAGCAACCCAAUUUACUGAUCUACUUGGUUUUUUUACAAUUAAAACUAUGAGAUGCAAUGUUAAUAAUUACGUCACGAUGGCAAUGUCUUUGUUACAUGAAGCUAACUCAGUUUUAAUGAAUCACCCGAAUGCUAGUUUGUAUAGAAAGCUUUGCAACUCUGUUGAAUUGGAGGGUUAUUAUUUGGAAAGUGAUCCUUGUGCUGUCUGUAAUAAUCCUGAAGUUGCAUUUAAUAGCUACAAAUUGUCAACAAUCAAGUCAGACAUUCGCCAUACACCAAAGUCACAACUUAUAAAACUGACAACCAAUCACACAAUAUCAAAAAUAGUGUUAAAAAUUUCUGAUAUCAAAAAAGCAAAAAUGGUCAAAAGCAUGAUAAUUUUCUACAAUAACAAACCCGUUCCAUCUGUUGUUGAGCUCAAAAAAAGUGGAAUAUGGCAAAAAGCAAAGAAAGUUUUUCUAACACAGGGUCAAACAGAUGUGAAAGUUGAGUUCGCAUUUCCAAUCACAGCUUGUAAUCUCAUGAUUGAGUUUUCUUCUUUUUAUGAAAAUGUGCAGUUUUCUGCUGAAAGUUUACAAUGCCCGCGAUGCAGUGCAUCAGUGCCAGCCCAUCCUGGUAUUUGCGGAAAUUGUGGAGAAAAUGUAUAUCAAUGUCAUAAGUGCAGAGCUAUCAACUAUGAUGAAAGGGAUCCAUUUUUAUGUACUCUUUGUGGUUUUUGUAAGUACGCAAAAUUUGAUUUUGUACUUAGUGCCCACUCUUCUUGUACUGUUGACACCAUUAACAAUGAAGAAGAAAGACAAAAAGCAUUGAAAGCAGUUAAUUCUGCCUUAGAAAAAGCAGAUCAAUAUUACCAAGCUCUUACUGGCCAUAGACAAAUGUUAGAAAGCAUUCUAAGAACAAGUAGUGAUGGCGCUCAUAGUGCUGAGGAAGAGCUGCCUACAGACAAAUCUUUAGUGUGGAAUGUCUCUCCUCUUUCUACUAAUUCUCAGACUACUUCAACAGCAUCUGUUGCAAUAACAUCAAUUAGGCGUUCAAUACAGAGUGUGGCACAGUUAUACUGUGUUGAUUGUAAAACUUCUUUUGACAAUAUGAGUAAGGCAACACAAACAGUAACAGCAUUGAGAAAAGAACUUUUACAAUAUGAUAUGAAACAACAAGAAGCUUUAUCACAAGCAAUGUAUUUAACACCUGAAAUUCUUCCAUCACCUUCUUAUCUUGAUGAUAAACCUCAGUUCUAUCGCUUGCCUUCAUUCAGUGGUGUUCCUGAAGAGGUUUAUAUAUUGGAUAAACAAGGUGAGAACCUACCAAGAGUUGGCAAAUGUUAUGGAUGCGCUUUAUCAACAGUUCAUCAUUGUUUGACUGUUCUUAGAGCUCUAUCAACUAUUGAAUCAGCACAUGAGUGUCUUUUAAUGCAGGGUUGUCUGCAAGAACUUGUAACUCACAAUUUACAACUUGAGAAAAAAGAUCUUGUAGCCCUUGCUAGAACUCUUCUGAUCAAACUUACAUCAGAAAAUAAAAAAGCCAAUGAAUCACUAAAUGAGCUUAUUUGUGAAAGAAUUAAGUUAUGCCUUUCAGUUCAAUCUGCUAAUAUGAUGUCGAACAUUUCAUUGAGUAGCGAACUUUCUCUGUUAAGGCAAUCUGUUGCAAGUAAUGAUUUUUUAUGGGAACAAAGAUUAUCAUGUGUGUUUAUGUUGCUUCUUGAUUCAUUAAAAAAUCCAAGCACAGAGGUCCGUGAAUCCAUUACUCUUCCAUGUCUAGAAAUUAUUAAUAGUUGUGUAAAACCAAAACUUCCUUCAAACAAAAAGAUUAUUCGAAUCAACAAACCUAACCAAAUGGUACCAAUUAUUGAUUUUGAAAAAUGGUUAAGAGGUGAUUAUACUUACUUAAAUUGGAAAGAAAGUAAGUCAGUUGGUUCAAAUGAACCAGAACAACAUUUUGAAAGAAAACAUAAUGGAUGGUUAAAGCAGCUGCUUUUUGCAUCAUCGUCUAGAGCAACAAGACAAACUAUUUGCAGUAUUCUUGAACAGAUAACUUUACAAUCUAGUCAAAGAAAAGAAAUCCUUCUUCAAUUACUUAUGAGUUACCUAAGUGAGCUAAGGUUAGCUGGUGAAAAUUCAAGUGAGUAUUUGGCUCUUUUGAAAAAAAUACUAAGUGGAUCAGGAUAUAAAGUAUAUAUGUCUAACUCAGGAAUCAUGGAUAAGUUAUGUCAACUUAUAGUUCAGGAAGUAGAACAUCUUGCAAGUUUAGAGCGUACAACUUUGAAUGUAGAUCUUACUCAGGGAUACUCUCUUUUUGCUUUAGCUGAAUUAUUUAAAUCGUUUUUGGAAGAUGCUGAAGUUAAAAAUGUUUGUCAACAAAAAUAUGUUGCAGAUGUAUUGCAGUGUUAUUUAUCAUUAAGAAAAUUAGUUGUUCAACGCACAAAACUUGUUGAUCAAACCCAAGACAUUUUGCUGGCUUUAUUGGAACAGUUAAAUUCAGGUACAGAGGAUAAAUUUUUCAUGAAAACAUGCAUAGAUGCUCUCAAAAGAUGUCCAAUCAAUGACAUUAGAACACCAAUAUUUAUCUUUGAGCAACUGUGUAAUACUAUUUAUAAGCCUGAAGUUGAAAGCACAGAGUUUUUCAUGAACCUUGAAAAAGAUCCACAGCAAGAAGACUUUUUACAGGGACGCAUGCAUGGAAACCCAUACAGUUCAAAUCAGCCUGGACUUGGUCCACUAAUGAGAGAUAUAAAAAAUACUAUAUGUACAGAAUGCGAGUUGGUUGCUUUAUUAGAAGAUGAUACGGGCAUGGAGCUUCUUGUAAACAACAAAAUUAUUAGUUUAGACUUACCUGUUUUACAAGUUUAUAAAAAAGUAUGGUGUUCUAGAGAUGAUCACAAAGAUCCAAUGAGAAUUGUUUACAGAAUGCGUGGUCUUCUUGGAGAUGCCACAGAAGAUAUUAUUGAAAAUCUCUCUAAAGAAAAAGCGGAUAAUGUUGAUGAAGAAUCACAGUACCAACGUGCUUCUAUAAUAGCAGAAAUUAGUGGCUUAGAAAAUAUUUUUAAAAGGUUAUCUUAUGUUCGUGAUCUUUCAAGAGCGCAACAUUUAGUUGCAAUUAUUCUAAAAUUGCUUGAAUAUUGCAUUAAAGUUAAAGUAAAUAGACAAUAUAUUAUACAACCUUCUUUAUGUGGCAUGAAAAUUUUACUAUCAACUUUAAAUCAUGCACUCAGGCUUGAGAGAGAUUAUGGGAGUAAAAGUGGCGGAGCAAUGCUUGCCGAGCGUGUUUUAAAGAUUAUGGAAGUAGUACUACAUGAAGCAACUAUACAAGGGGAUCUUCAGCAGAUUGAUUUGCCUGAUGAAGAAUCUCAACUGGAGCUUUUAUUGAAUCACAUUACAAGUCCAUAUGUGAGAUCAAAUGCUAAUGUUUUACAAGCAAUGAUGAAAUUGACACCAUUUUUAACGUUUGGUAAUGAAGAAUCCAUGCUCUCUUUAAUUGAACAUUUCCUUCCGUAUCUAGAUUUUGACAAGUUUGAUAAUGAAAAAUCAGCUGACAGCAUUUUACAACUUGAUUGUUUAUGUAUGAUUGCUGAGGGAAUUUCUAAAAGUGACACUGGAUCAAAAUUAAAAGAUUUAAUGAUCAGAGAAGGAAUAGUUACUAAAGCGCUAGACUAUCUACAAAAUCAUACCCCACCACAAUCCUUCAGGGCAUCUGGUAUCUUGGACAGUGCAAAAUGGAAAGAGUUUAUUGCAAAACCAUCUUUACCAUACAUACUACGUUUGCUAACUGGUCUUCUUCAUAACCAUCAAAAUACACAAAUUUUAAUAUCCACAAACGAAAAUGUUGCUGUUAUUCAUCACUUAGAGCAAAUUUCUUCAGAAGAGAUGGUUGGUUCGUUAGCUGAAAAUUUAUUGGAAGCUUUAUGUCUUUUUCCAGAAGGAAAAAUAAAGGUAGCAGAAAUUCGAAAUAAAACUAGAGACGAAAAGAAAGCCUUAGCUAUGGCUAUGAGACAAAAACAACUUGACUCUCUAGGCAUGACUGUUACUGGGAGUGGUCAAAUCAAGACUAUGUCUCCAUCUUCUCAAGAAAUGGCUCAGCUCCUUGAAGAGCAAGAUCAAAGAGUAGUUUGUUCAAUCUGCAGGGAAGGAUACAAAUUUUAUCCAAAUAAGGUACUUGGUGUUUACACUUUUACUUCUCGAUGUAUAUUAGAUGAUUAUGAAAAUAAAACUAAGAAGACACAAGGUUAUUCAACAGUCUCUCAUUUUAAUAUUAUUCAUUUCGACUGUCAUAUUGAAGCUGUUCGACAUGCACGAUCACGUGAUGAGUGGGAAAGUGCUGCACUUCAAAAUGCAAACACUAAAUGUAAUGGGCUUUUACCAUUGUGGGGACCAGAGGUAUCAGAGUCAGCUUUUGCAUCAUGUCUUGCACGGCAUAACAACUACAUACAAGAAUGUACUGGUCUUCGUGAACCAACUUUUCAUUCAAAUGUUCAUGAUAUUCGUUUAAUGCUACUAAAGUUUGCUCACCAAAAGUCAUUUAGCCAUGAUGCAGGUGGUGGUGGAAAGCAUAGUAAUAUGUACUUGAUACCCUACAUGGUGAAUUUAGCUCUCUAUGUUGUCAACUCCACUCAUCAACGAUCAAAUGAAGAACAAUGGCUAAAUUCAUUUCUUGAUGCAUCUAUUGAUAAUUGGGUUGGAUCGUGUUAUGAGUUGAACGGACCAAUGUUUGCAUGCGUUCUUAGUUUAUUUAUUAUGACACUUGAUUCUUGGAAGAGUAAAAGAAUUAUAUUUUUGAAACGGUUAAUGGUGCUAGCUCAUGCUAGAGAUUUAUCCAACAUACAUACAAAUAAGCUGAUGUGUAUUGAACCCAGUGCAUUUUCAGUUUAUAAGCCAUAUCUUGUUUUUUUCUCUUUAAUUGAUAGGCUGCAUAAUUUGUGCAAGUCUAAGAUAUCAAUAACCGAUGAUUGGUCGCAGGCAAUGUCGUCGUACCUGAGAAACAAUGAUGAACAAAUAUUGAAAGAGUGUGACAACAUUAUAAAGUUCUACGAAGAAGACAUUCUGUUAUGUGAAUCGUUUGCUGAAUAUUGUGAUGUUGCAGGUUUAUUAUCGGAAAUGGUUGUACCCCCUGAUCAAUUCAUCCGAGAUUUGUUAGUACAGUUUUUGCCUGUUGAAGAAAAGACAAAUGUUGUUUAUUGUUGAUAAUAUUUGAAACUGCUUAUUGAAGGAUAUUAGAAACUUUUACUAGGAUUUUUAUUGGAAACUAAUUCAAAGAUAUUUGUAACUACUGCGGGGGAUAUUUGUAACUACUGCGGGGGGGUAUUAUCAAAAGUUUAAGACAACUAUAAGUUACUUAGUAAAAGUAUAAUAUAUUGAGAAACAAUAAAAA